GAGCUCUGGGCCUCCCUUUUCAGUACUCUCUCCAUCAUGUCUAAUUGGCAAACCCCCUAUCAUCGAGACUACUUAUCCUUUCCCAAGUGGUUUGAUAUUCUCACAACUGUGGAGAAUUAUUCUAAUGCUCACAUGAGCAUGCCAAGCCUUCAGCUGAAGUUUAUGUAUGAUCCUGGGGUCAUGAUAGCAUUUUCAGGAGGGAUUGUCAGGCAUGGUGUUCAUGAACUAGCAGGGGAUCAGGUUGCUUGGGCAUGGUACAUGAGGGAUUCUGUCCAUAUUUUUCCAGGUGUUCCUGCAUGUGGAUGGACA